AUAUGCACAAUCAGAGUGUAUGAGUGCUGCAGUUGUUGUUGUUAGGUAGAAACUCUGCAUUGUGUGUUUACAGCAUGUGUAAAUAAUUGUGGAAGAGACAAUGAACGAAAAGGAUAAUAUACCACCUAAAAAACGUCGCAAGGGUACCUCCGGUGCUUCAUCAGGUUCAGUAAAAGUUUCUGAUGGCGAUAUAUAUAAGAAUGUCAUUGAAUUUGAAGAGACGGAAGCACAACUGAGGGAUGCAACAUAUGACAGGAAACGGUUUUAUGAAAUAUGCGAUGAAUAUCGUAACUUAAUGGUUGAGAUUAGCGAGCUAAAGACCCAGGGCAGUCAGGCCGCCGAUAAAAUAAAUGAGAAAAGAAUACAAGGAUGUUUGUUGUUCGUUCUUUUGAAAAAGUUGAAUCGUCUAGAAAAGUUUAGAACCAAGCAAUCAAGAGAGACACUGUAUAAAGCUAAGCAACAGUUAGAUAGCUAUCAUCUCCAGCUGCAGAACCUUCUGUAUGAAAUUCUACACGUGAAGAAAGAAGUUACAAAAUGCCUCCAGUUCAAGUCAAAGGAUGAGGAGAUAGAAUUGGUAUCAGUGGAAGAAUUCUAUAAAACAGCUCCUGAAUCAAUCACAAGACUGGAACUGACGCAGAAUGAUAUGCACCAGUUGAAACUGGCGAGAUUGGAAUGGGAACUUGAGCAGCGCAAACAGCUCGCAGCUCUCUGUCAUAAACUGCAGGGUGAUAAGGAACUGGUAGCGAAAGAAAUACAGAAGAAAAGAGAACUUCUCGAUAAUCUUACCCCUCGCCUAAAAACUAUACUCGAGGCAACCAAACCACUACAAGAUUAUUUGGGUCUGCCCUUGGACAGAAUUCGCAAGCAGCAUGAGAUUUCAUACUUACUUCCUAAACCAUUGUAUGUGCUGUAUGUUCAAGUUGAUGCCUAUAGAGAAGCAUGUGAUCCAUUAAUGACAGUAGCAGUCAAUGGAGAUGAGGAAGAGGCGAAGUCACUGAAGCAGUCGUUGGCAGAAUCUGAAACACUGGAAGAGUCAGACUCAGAUCAGGAGGAUACUACAGAAUUUCAGAAUAGACACCACAGGAAAUUGUCCAAAAUAGAUAGAAUGGAAGAGAGAAAGAAACGGCUUCUUCUGAGACACCCGCUGUCUGUGGAGAUUGUGAUCAAACAGAAAGAUGGAAACAGCCUGUCGUUAAACUUCAGUUAUUUGGUGAACUUGCAUGUUGUUACAGUAAAACCCCAAGUUAAUCUUUCACAUGCCAUUCAUGGAAUAUGUGCAGGUGAUCUGAUUGCACCUCAGAACAUUUUGUCUUCACUUUUCCCAAGUGAUUUGGGACUGGACAGCCCAAAUGUUGCAAAUUUGUAUCAGCUACAACAUAUGGGACUUGAUGGGUUUGGGAGCUAUAUUUCUGAACUUGGCAUUCCUUAUAUAUGGGCUCAAAACAUUGCUGGCUUGGAUUUCACAGGUUCUAAAUCACAUGAAAUCAUGGAAGCACAGCCAAAAACUGCAGUGAGCCAGGCUUGUGUUGAAAAUGUGAUGAGAGGCAUUAGACAACGUUUGAAGGCCAGGUUAGCACUAUGCUGCCAACUACAGGCUCUAGAAACUGGUGUUGUAUCUGUGCCACAUACACUACGUAAAAAUUUUCCUGCAAAGCUGUGUUGUACGCUAAGUUCUUGGCAACCAGUUACUUGGGAAGAAUAUAAGAGUGCUGCGUACACUGCCGCUCUGGUGAAAGAGAACUUUGUCACUCAUGCAGACUCAUUCUACGUGUGUGUUUUGACCAGAGGAACUGCUAAACUGGUUUCACUGAUAGCGAUUAAAUGUGAUUAUCCUCGAAUUCCUCCUAUAUUCUGUCUCCAACUGUUGUGGCAUGGGGAACACAACAGCACAAACAAUGACGCUGUCAGGGAUAUGGAAAAAGAACUUAACACACACUGGAUGGAACUUAUACAAGGCCGCAGUUGGGGACAGACAUUAUUGAUGUGUCAGAUUAUGCGCCUCAUGUCCUGCUUUGAUGUCUUUCUGGAAGCAUCAGGAGCAACGGGUAUAGCUCCACCAGAAUUCCCGAGAGAUAAAAUUUUUCUGAAACCUGUAAAGGGACGGAAUCGUUGCAGGCCAUACAAAUAUCUUCAACUUGGAGGUGGUAUAUUCACACAGCGGUAGUUGGAAGAACAUUCACAUUGUGCGAGUUGAAAUCAGUUUACAUUAUUUCUGUGAACAACCAAAAAUGAUUGAUGGAAUCCAUCUAAUUAUUGCAUUUUUCCAACUCUGGUUCACAAAGCUUAUUAAAAAAAAUUAAAAAUUAAAGUUUUGGCUGUGGCCAAUGAAAAAAUU